AUGACUCUUUUUAUUUCAAUCUUUCUUUCUUUCAUUUAUUUGUUCUUUUUAUUGCUUGUUUCUUUCUUUUAUUCAUUCGUUAUUAUUCUUUCUGUUUUCUUUAUUUCUUUUUUCUUCCUUUUUAUUGCUUCUUUCUUUUAUUCGUUCUUUUUAUUUAUUUAUUCUUUCUUUCUGUUAUUUGUUCAUUUUAUUGCUUCUUUCUUUUUGUUCAUUUCUUUUUUCUUUCUUCCUCUCUUUGUUUUAUUGCUUCUUUCUUUUAUUUCUUCUUUUUAUUGCUUCUUUCUUUCUUUUAUUCAUUCUUUUAUUGCUUCUUGUUUCUUUUUUUAUUUAUUUCUUUACUUUUAUUGUUUCUUUCUUUUAUUUGUUCUUUUUAUUGCUUUUCUUUCUUUCUUUCUUUCUUUCUUUCUCAUAAGCGUUCUUUUUAUUGUUUCUUUCCUUUUUGUCUCUUUCUUUUUAUCUUUAUUUUCCGUUCUUUUUAUUGCUUUUUUUUUUUUUUCUUUCUCUUUUCUUUCUUUAUUUUUCUUUCAAUUGUUACUUUUUCUUCUCUUAAUGAAUUUAUGCCUUUUCUUGUUUUGA